AUGCACAUACUCUACAUCGUCAGUCUUCUCCUCCCCCUGUCCCAGGCAGUGAUAUUCAAACCACAAAAUGCCUUCCAACCAAUCACUCCGCAGGUCCCAUCCCAUCCCAUCAACCUAGAACCCCAUUUCAACAAUCGUGCAUUUGGCCAAGAACCAAAAGAUGCCAACUUUGACGGCUCUGGAAAUGCAUAUCCCGCACAACAGAUGCCCUCCAGUACAUUCAUCUACGCAGGAACCAACUACACAUUCCCGAUCUACCAUGCCUCGGGAAACGAUAACGUUCUUUCCCAGGGCCAGGAGAUCCAUCUCCCCAGAUCUAAAUACGUCAGCGUACAUAUCCUCGCUGCCUCCGAGUCCGGCAUGGCAUCUGGUACUCUCAACGCUACCUAUUCCGACGGCAGCACAAGCUCCACGCAAGUCCUCAUCCCUGCCUGGUGGAGUUGGCCCCAUCCGGCCGGAGGGGACUUGGUAUUCCCGCAUUUCCAAACACCCGACGCAGUCGACUAUAAUCGGUCGAAUAUCUUCCAGUCGGUGCAUUGGGUUGAUUCCUCGCGGGAGCUGGUUUCGCUGACUCUACCCAAUGUGACUGGGGGGGCGGCAACCAAGCCAGGAGGGAAAGAGAUCGGGACCAGGUUGCAUAUUUUCGCCAUCUCGGUGUGGCCUGCUCGAACGGAGGCGAUGGAACUGGAGUCGCCGGUUCUGGAGGUACAGUAUGCGCGGUCGACGAGGAAAUGGAUAAUGGAUAGGUCACGGAAUGCACAGAUUGUAGAAGUAGUGGUAACUAAUGUGGGAAGCCAGUUGGUGCUGCGGAAUCAUACUGUUCGUGUACGAAUCGACUCGUCGGGCGUGGAGACUGUGACUGAGGCGCGAAUCAAUCGACUUGCGCCAGGGGAUCGCGCGACUGUGGAGAUUGGAGUCAGGAAUAAAGACGGGGUUGAACCUGGGAGUGAUGGACCCGCGACGGUGGUGAUUUCAGGACAUGCCGUGCGCAGCGAGAGGUACACGUUCCAUGCGACGUAUGGGAUUGCGCCCUAUGAAGCAACGUACGAGUCGAUCUAUUCGCAUGAAUCGCCGAAUUGGUUCAACGACGCCAAGUACGGCAUAUUUAUCCACUGGGGACCGUAUGCUGUCCCGGGAUGGGGGAAUUCCGGAAAGAACGAAAACUAUGCUGAAUGGUACUGGUGGAACCUGAACCAAGGCCCUAAUACUGCCGUCGCAACAUAUGAGCAUCAUCUCAAGACCUACGGACCAGAUAUUGUAUACGAUGAUUUCUUCCAAAACUUCACGGCAGACGCAUGGGACCCAAGGGAAUGGGUGGAUCUCUUUGCCGACGCAGGAGCAAAGUAUUUUGUACAAGUGAGCAAGCAUCAUGACGGAUAUGCCAUCUUCGAUCUCCCGGCCCAUGUCACAGAGCGGACCUCUGUGGUACAACCCCCUCAUCGGAACCUGCUCCAACGACAUAUCAGCCUCAUUUACAUCGUGCGGUGUAUUACUCGCUCCCGGAGUGGUUUCAUCCUGACUACAGGAAGUAUGGGUUUGGAUCAUGGCCAGGAGGUAUCACCAGACCCUGUACCUAUAUCAUUCGACUAUAGGAAACUAACAACUAAAGGCAACGCGACUAACCCAUUCACAAACACCUCCCUGCCAUAUACCGGCUACAUACCCGUAUCCGACUAUGUGAGCGACAAGAUCCUCCCAGAGAUGCACACACUCGCAGCGAUGAACACCUCUAUAAUGUGGUGCGACAUUGGCGGACCGAACCGCACGACGGAAUUCGCCGCCUGGUGGUUCAACUACGCAUCGCAGCAGAGCCACCAAGUAGCCAUGAACGCGCGCUGUGGACUACCGGGCGACUUUGACACGCCCGAAUACGCACGGUACGGCUCCGUGCAAGCGCGCAAAUGGGAAAGUAGUCUGGGGAUGGACCCGUACAGCUAUGGGUACAACGGGGCGACGCCGCUGGCGAGUUACAUGAAUGCUAGCGAGAUUGUCACUAGCUUGGUGGAUAUUGUGAGUAAGAAUGGGAACUUCCUGCUUGAUAUUGGGCCAAUGGCGAACGGGAGUAUUCUCGAGGUGGAACAGAGAAAUCUGCGACAGGCAGGGAAGUGGAUUCGGAGUCAUGCAGAGGCGGUUUUUGGGACGAAGUACUGGUUUGUGACGGCGGAGGAUGGGGCUCUGAGAUUUGUGGUUAGUGAGGAUGCUUUUUACAUCCAUUGUUUGGGGAGGCCUAGUAGGGAGAUUGUUCUAAGGUAUCCUGUUCCGUGGGUUGAGGGGGAUGAAGUUACCGUGGUUGGGGGAGCUAUGCAUGGGGGUGUGGUUCCCAGUAGACGGAUGGACAAUGGAAAUGUAGUAUUGGAAGUUAGUGAGGAGGUGGCUCAGGGGGACCAGUGUAUCUUGGUUGACAUACGUAUCUUGGAGGAUGGGCAGCAUGAGAUGAUGGUACGAUGGGAGAUUCUCGUCAAGGAGAUGGGUGUGGACGCUUUGGAUUAA